GCCGCCAUGCGCCGCCCGUGGAAGCACCCGACGCCGGCCUCCGUCCGCCACCACGGCGCCGCCGACCUCUGGCUCCGGGAGACCGGCCUCCUCCUACCCCGCCGCUUCGCCCGCCGCGCGGCGGCCUCCGAGGACCUGGUAAUGCGCCUGCAGAUUCACAGGAAGCUUAACAGGCAUACAGGCUGCGUGAACACGGUAGGCUUCAAUGCAGACGGUGACACCCUCAUAUCGGGGUCUGAUGACCAGAUGGUCAUGCUGUGGAACUGGGACACUGGUGCGGUCAAAUUGCAGUUCCACUCAGGUCAUAGUGACAAUGUAUUCCAAGCCCGGUUCAUGCCAUACACGGAUGAUCAAACCAUUGUCACUUGUGCUGCUGAUGGAGAGGUGAGACUUGCCAAGGUAGCGGAUGGUGGGGAUGUACCUACUACAUUGCUGGGUGACCAUGAUGGAAGGGCUCAUAAAUUGGCUAUUGAGCCUGGCAGCCCUUAUAUUUUUUAUAGCUGUGGCGAAGAUGGGCUUGUUCAGCAUUUUGAUUUGAGGACAAAUACAGCCACAAAUUUAUUUCUGUGCAGAAACUCUUUGAGUAAAUCGGGACUCUCUUCCAGUAUCCAUCUUAAUGCAAUUACAAUAGAUCCAAGGAAUCCAAAUCUUCUUGCAGUUGGAGGAAGUAAUUGUUAUGCUCGUGUGUAUGACAUCCGCAAGUACAAAUGGGAUGGAUCAUCUGAUUUUGGUUGCCCAUCUGACUGCUACUGUCCACCACAUCUUAUUGACAAUUGGUCUGUUGGAAUAACAGGGUUAGCGUUCUCUCACCAGAGUGAAUUGCUUAUAUCUUACAAUGAUGAGAAUAUUUAUCUUUUCUCUAAAAAUGGAGGGCUGGGACCUGACCCAAAGUCAUCUAACAAGAUUGAGGCUAACAAAGGGUCCAAAUCAACAAUGGUUGCAUCCGAAGGGGAUGUUGACCAACCUGCACCACCACAGAUGUAUGCUGGACAUCGCAAUUGUGAGACCGUCAAGGGUGUGACAUUCAUCGGGCCAAAUCAUGAAUAUGUUGCCAGUGGGUCAGAUUGUGGUCGAUUAUUUAUAUGGAGAAAGAGAGAUGGGAAACUUUUACGAGCAAUGGAGGGUGAUGAAUGUGUUGUAAACUGUAUCGAGCCCCAUCCGCACACUAUGACAAUUGCAAGCAGUGGAAUUGAUAAUGAUGUAAAGAUAUGGACUCCCACUGCCACUGAGCGUGCACCGGUGGUAAAUGUUGAGGAGCUUAAGCCUCGUAAAAGAAGAACAAAGCUCUGGGACUUGACUCUACCAGAGCAAUUGAUCUGGCAAGUCCUGGCAUCACGACGCAGACGGGAAUCAGCUGGAGAUGAUUCGUCUGAGGAUCUUGAAGGCAGCGCAGGAUUGCUUAAUCUUGUUCUCCGAGCUGCAGAGAGAGAUGUGCUGUCUGAUGAGGAUGAGGAUGAGGAUGAAGAAACCUCCGAGGACUCUGGCGACUCUAGUCUCAACUGAUCCGUUGCCCAACCCUGGAGGCAUUGCUGAAUUGUACAUACACAGUGAUAUUUUAUCCUGUUUUCAUGGACGGUAUAACAGCCGCAUGCGUGUUUUUUCAGUCGGCGGUGUAUGAGAGUGCCAGAUUUUCCUGAUCUCUCCGUCAUGUUAUAUUGGACAUAAUGGUAUGUAGAAAAACACUACAAUGUAAAAAUGAAAAGAAAACUCAGAUUCUAGUCAA